AUGUUUGGCUACUGUUUCGUCGGAUUCGAUGCCAUCAAGAGUGCCAUCCAUGGGCAGUUUGUCUACUUGCGUUUCGGUGACAACCUAGCGUGGCAACGCCAGCUGAAGCGCUACCGAUUCUUUGCCAAGGAUGAUAGGAAACCCAAAGACGAGGUGACUGUUAAAGAAGAGCCCGAAGACUACAGCAAAUCAGAUGACGAGGACAUGAAAGAUGAAGACGAAGAAGAGAACGAAGACAUGAGCGAUGGUUAUGGAAGUGAUGGCAGCGAUGAGUCGGUGAAGAAUAAGAAAAUGAGCGCAGAAUUGAUUAAAAAGAUGAACGACGCGUCCGAAGAGCGGACAAUAUUCGUGCGGAACGUGUCGUUUGGGACGAGCGCUGAAUCACUGAAUGAAAUGAUGAAACGUUUCGGUGAAACACUGUUUUGUAAGCUAUGUGUCGACGCAUACAGUGAGCACUCGAAGGGAACCCGAAAACACUUCAUAUUCUUGUUUAGCCUACGGCUGUUCACGAAUCUCCGGCGGUUUGUUCUUCUAUUGAGUCUGAAGAACAAUCUGCCUUCUGUUGACUUACAGAGCGAGCGGAAUCUGUAUUUAGCCAAAGAAGGGCUCAUAUAUCCGGACUCACCCGCGGCUGAAGGCGUCUCGCAAACAGAUCUCGCGAAGAGAUUAACACUCGAAACCCGAAAGAGAAAAACACUUCAAAACACUCAUUACUUCGUGUCUGACACUCGUCUUUGUGUCCAUAAUAUUCCACUUAAUUGUGAUAACAAACAGUUGAGAGAUAUUUUCAUGAAUGCUGUCAACGAUAAGAACGCAAGAAUUACUGAGGCGAGAGUUAUGUUGGAUCGGCUCAAGAAUGACAACAAAUUUGGUAAAUCAAAAGGAUUUGGUUUCAUUGAGUUCGCCGAACAUAUUCAUGCGCUGAAGGCAUUGAGACAAUUGAAUAACAAUCCGGACAUCUUUACGCCUCAAAAGCGACCGAUCGUUGAGUUUUCAGUCGAGAAUAAAGUGGCUUUGAAUAAGAAAAGGCAUAGAAUAGAAAGGGAUAAGAAUGGAAAAGGAGGCGAUCGUCAAAAUGGAAAGGGAGGCGAUCGUCAAAAUGGAAAGGGAGGCGAUCGUCAAAAUAGAAAGGGAGGCGAUCGUCAAAAUGGCAAAAACCCCGAUCAGUCGAACCAAGAUUUAGCGGAACAGUCAGUGAAAUAUAGUGGAGUUAUGUCGCGACCAAACAAACUGAACGAAAAGAUCUUUUGGGGCUUUCACUUAUUUUUCAACCCUCUUUACGUCUUUGUGAAUAAAAAGAAAGAUUUCGAGACACAAGACGCGCAUGACUUGCACUUCAAGAAAAGGAAAAACAUUUUCAGAGACAACGAAGACAAGAGAGCCGUUCCGAUGCCCGUUAAGAAGAAAGUCAAAUGGUUUGCACAAUAA